AUGGUAAACGUUGGUGACAAAGUGUCAUUAAAGGGCCAAACGGCAGUUGUGCGCUUUAUCGGAAAUACUCAAUUUGCACCAGGAAAAUGGGUAGGUUUGGAACUCGACACGCCCACGGGAAAAAACAACGGAACCGUGCAAGAUGUUGAGUACUUCAAAUGUAGAUUGCCUGGAACCUAUGGAGUGUUUGUACGGCCAGGUCUAUUAGAGAAAGAAACAGCUGUUCCGCUGAAUGUUGUCUCUAUUGUUAAUAAGCUACAACAAAAGCUACGGUCUGCACUGAUGGAGAAUAAUCUGCUACGAACAUCAAUAGAGCAAUUGAACCGAGAAUUGGAGAUGAAGAAAGAUGAACUUGCCAAUAUAGACCAUUCUCUUGAGUCUACAAUGGUGGAGUCCGAGUUUCUCAAAUCUCAGAAUGCUACUUUUCAUGACAAAUUGAGUGUUCUUCAAACGAGUUAUGAUGAUUUGAGCGCAGACCAUGCUCUUCUCAAGGAAGAAUUGGACAUUUACAAAGAAUUGGAAAAUGCGGUGAGAGACCAUUUGCCCUCGGAUCGCGAUUUAUCUGUUGAAGAUUUUGCGGUUCUCGUUCAAUUCAACAAGCGAUUGGAGUUGGCCUACUCGUCUCUUCAAAAAACCCUUGAACUCAAAGAGUCUACAUUCAAUGAGGAAUUAAAUCUGUUCAAAAAUUCCUUGUCAAAAUCUCAUAUUGAUAUUCAAUCGUACAAUGAAUUGGAACAGCUGCUCAAUAGGGCGCAGUUUGACAUACGGCUCCUUCAAGAACAGUUAGAGGCUUCAUUGGAGCUGGUUCUGGUGAUUGAGCGCAUCACAGUUGAAAACGAAAAUCUAGUCCUGGCCAAUAGAGAUCUCAAAAUGCAGGUGGAGCAUCUAACAGAGCUCAAUGAGAUAGAUCGAGCUUUGGAGGCAGAGCAUGUUCUGAAAGAGCAAGAACUUCAAUCGUCAAUUCUCUUGCUCACAGAGACAUUAGAAAAAGAGAGACUAAAUCUUGAGGGAUUACUGAUAAAGAACAAAGAAUUGAGAGAGAAAAUAAAACUUAAUCUAAACGUUAAGGACCAGCCUGAGUCACAUCUUUCACAAGAAUUGGAGCAUCUUUCAAUUAAAUUACGCGAAUGCCAAUCUCACAAACAAGGUAUAAAUUUACAAAAUAACUAUCUCAUUCAAGCUUUAAAAUUGGAUGACGAAAUGAUAUCCAAAAUAUCCCCGUUGGCACACAAGUCCCAUUUGCAGCUUCUUUCUGAAAUCAUUCGUCUUCAGAUAUAUUUGGAAACACACUUUGAUUUUGAGCAAACUUCACUUGAUUUAACAGAAUUGGUCGUUUCUUUGAACUGUGCUAAAAGGUUGAUUGAAUAUAGCUUUAUGAGUCUUGAGCCUAAAGAUUUAGCUUCUCAAUUUGAAUCUAUUCGAACUAUGCUAGAACUUGCCGAAAAAUCCCUUGAACUGAUAGACUCAGUCGACCUUCGGAGAAAAAUCGAAAAAUGGAAUCAAUCUCUACUUGCACAAGGGCCAUCCUGGCUUUCCACUUUUGCUACUUUAGCUCGAAUCCGAUCUUGGGCAAAAGCACUUAUCGUUAAUUCUGCCUCAAUUCACUUGAACCCAAUCGCAAAUGAAUUUAUCUCGCUGUGCAACGUCCUCGAGUCGCAGUGUCGAGUCUUGUUAGAUGGCUACAAUCUCAACAAAAUCGAUUCCUCCUUAGUUCUGCUACUCGAGAAUUUUGAUCGGCCAUCUCCCAAUACAGUCGCGGAACUGGAUUUCGUUGGAAUAAAGGAGAAUGUUGAUGCCCUAUUAAAAAUGUUGGUUUCAAAGAAUUUCGAGCCCCUAGGCAAUGUCAUGACAAUAUACUCAGUCGUCGAGAACGGUGAAGCUCACAAGUUUACUGAAUUAAUAGACUCCUUACAAGCCGAACUCGAACUCAAAGAAAGUAGAGUCCAAGACCUCAAUUUGCAUGUUGAACUACUCGAGAAGAACAUUCGGCACUCUAUUGCAAGCAAAAACUUAGAUUUGGAAAACGAGCGCCUCAGACUCGAACAAGCCCAGUCAAACGUAGUUCAGUUGAACGAUCAGUUGGAAAAUCUCAAAGAAGAGAAUAUACAGCUAGAGAGACAGAUAGAAAACUUACUAGACUUCGGUAAUCAAUCAGUUUUCCAUCAAACACAAUACUUCGACACGAAAGUUUCUGAGACGAAGCUAACACUGAUGCAGGCUUUAAUUGAAGAAAUUCAACUACUCAAAAAGAUGUUAGUACCACAAGAGAACAAAUCUCAGUGGAAUGCAAAUUAUGAUUGGCUUUUUGAGCCGUUAUAUACUCCUCGAAUAGUUACCUCGGGUCGAAUUUUCUUGGAAGAUACUCAUCAAAAACGUAAACUUGCUAAUGGACUCGCGAAGUCAAUUUCAGUAGCUAAAGCGAACUCUCUGCACUUGCAUUAUCUUCGACAGGGAGCUCAAAAGCCUUUUUGCUAA